AUGUCAGCAACAUUCCAGAAAUGUUACAACAUUGAAGAAAUGAAGAAACAUCUACCUUCGCACGUGAAAAUAUCAAUGCCAUCAUGGAAUAUUCACAAAGAACACUCAAGUUUCAACAUUCUUAGUGUUGGUAGUGGCACAGGAGAAAUUGAUAUCGAAAUUACAAACAUUGUUGCUAAAGAACUGUGCAGUAAUGGUAACUGGGAAAACAUCAGCAUUUUAAACCGUGCACUUGAGGCAAAUAAAUUUUCUUGUGCUGAAUAUGAAGCCAACGUCUCUGCAAUGAAUGAAAACUCGCCUGCCAGCUAUGAAAUCAUACCUCAAAUGUUCAGUGAAUAUCGGAACAGCGUGUCGAAGAAAAAUGUAAAGUUUGAUCUGAUUCACUUCAUUCAUAGUUUAUACUAUGUUGAUAUAGAGAGUGCUGUUUCGUAUUGUAUGGUAGAAAAACUGAAAGAGUAUGGACGUUUGGUUUGCUUGGUAGGAGACAAGGAUAACAUUACUAAUAAGAUUCUAACUAAACAAGCGAAAAAUAAAACAAUGACGAACGUCUAUGAUGAUCUUGCAACGUCAGAAGGACUAGAAAUUUCCGAUGAAAUAAUAAAGCUUGCUAAAAAAUAA